AUGGGUAGUAACGGGGACGCUGCCCCUCCUCGCACAGCCCGUACGGUCAGUCCCGUCAAUCACAGUUUACUGUCCCCUCUGCUCAAAGCAACCUGCUACACUCCACUCACCUGUCUGAAACUCUGUCUGCUGAACACCAGAUCCCUCAGUAAUAAGGCCCUUUUGAUAAAUGACUUUAUUGUUGACCAGAGCCUAGACAUUCUCUGCCUCACUGAGACCUGGCAACAACCAAAUGACUUCUCCCAUCUAAAUGAGGCUGUCCCACCAGGUUUUUCUUUUAUUAGUAAACCCCGGGUUAAUGGGAGGGGGGGUGGCCUCGCUCUCCUCCAUCGUGAUAACAUCAAAGUCACCACUGUCACAGUCCCCCUUCACUCCUCCUUUGAAUGUCUAACUGUAAAACUCUCAGGCCCCAAACCCACUAUCAUUGUCACCAUUUACAGACCACCAAAACCCUCCGCCGUUUUCCUCAAUGAAUUCUCAUCACUACUUACAUCUGUAUGUGCAAUGUCCCCCACUGUUAUCCUCCUUGGUGAUUUCAACAUCCACAUUGACAACCCAUCCUGUACUUUUGCUAACGACACAUUCACAUCACUUCUGGACUGUCUUGGCAUCACACAACAUGUCAACCUCCCAACCCAUAACAAAGGUCACAUUCUGGAUUUAAUCUGCUGCACUGACAUCACUCCCACUAACCUUGAUGUCAUUGAUUUCCCCAUCUCCGACCACAAAGCUGUACUUUUUGACAUUCAUACCCAACUACACAAAACCAAGGAACAACGGACCAUCUCCUUCAGAAACAUCAAACUUAUCAACACCACAGACCUCUCCACCAUGAUCAGCUCCUACCCCAACCCUCCCCCAGCUUCCUCCCUGACUGACCUGGUGACUCACUACAAUAACUGCCUCUCCUCCUCCCUCACCACUCUGGCCCCCCUGAAAACCCGCUCAGUCUCAUUCACCCACACUGCUCCAGCGACUCUACAUUAA